GGGGGGGGGGGCGGCGGGGAGCAGUCAGAUGAUGGAGGAGCUACUCCAGUGCAAGACGAGCGGGACUCAGGAUCUGAUGUGGAAGAUGAAGGAAACGAACAACGUUCUGGAUCGGAGAAUGAAAGUGUAGGGCACCAUUCAGAGAAUGAACACAGUGAUGGAGAAGAUGAUGGGCAAGUGGGAGAGCCUCAUAUGACAGACUCUGAAAAUGAAGAUAUCCCAAGGCAAAAAGAAAGUGACUCAGAUAAUGAGGAGCCCCCAAAUCAUAAUGUAAGUGAUUCAGAAAAUGAAGCAACUCAUGGAGGGAAGGACAGUGAUUCUGAUACUGAGGAUCGACCAAACCAGCAUAUAAGUGACUCUGAAAAUGAAGAUUCCUUAAAUCAUCGAGCAAGUGACUCUGACAAUGGAGAACCUCCAAGGGAUCACAGCAGUGAUUUUGAAAAUGAGGAAUCACACAAGCAGGCAGCCAGUGACUCUGAGAGCGAGGAGCUCCAGAAGCAGGCAGCCAGUGACUCUGAGAGUGAAGAGCUUCAGAAGCAGCCAGCCAGUGACUCCGAGAGCGAGGAGCUGCAGAAGCAGCCAGCCAGUGACUCGGAGAGCGAGGAUGUGUCCAGACACAAGCAGAUAGAGUCUGAAGACAGCGAUGGGGAGGACAGGAAGGAAAAGGUGCAGAAUGACUCUCAUCAUUCAGAUAAUGAUCAUGUAAGGAAAGAAUUUCAGGGCUCUGACAGUGAAGACGAAGCUCCUAAGAGACGUAAAAUAUCAGACAGUGAUGAAGAUGAGAAAGAGGAAGAAAAGACGGUGAAGAGAAAAACAGCCAUCCUUUCUGAUAGUGAGGAUGACAAUGAGAAAACACCUGCAAAAAAGGUACGGAUCCUUUCUGAUGCUGAAGAAUCAGAUAGUGAUGCUGCUUCAGAGAAAUCUGACAAAAGGAAGAAAAGUGCUGUAUCUGAUAGUGAGGAGGAGGAGGAAGAGGAAGAAGGAAAAGAGAAUGCUGAGAAGAAAAAAGGGAAAGAUCUGUUUGGCAGUGACAGUGAAUCUGGAAAUGAACAAGAGAACUUGAUUGCAGAUAUAUUUGGAGAAUCUGGUGAUGAGGAAGAGGAGGAAUUUACGGGUUUUAACCAGGAGGAUUUGGAGGAAGAGAAAGGUGAUGGAGACAUGAAGGAGACAGCAGAUGAAUCAGAUUCUGACGAUAACAUCAAAAGAGGGAAGCACAUGGACUUCAUGUCAGAUUUCGACAUGAUGCUGCAGCGGAAGAAGAGCAUGAGCGGCAAGCGCAGGCGGAACCGUGAUGGGGGAACUUUCAUCAGUGACGCAGAUGACGUGGUCAGUGCCAUGAUUGUGAAAAUGAAUGAAGCUGCUGAGGAGGAUCGUCAGCUGAAUACACAAAAGAAACCAGCACUAAAGAAAUUAACUCUGCUACCAACUGUAGUUAUGCAUCUUAAAAAGCAGGAUCUCAAAGAAACUUUCAUCGAUAGUGGUGUUAUGUCUGCCAUCAAAGAGUGGCUUUCUCCUCUUCCAGACCGAAGUCUGCCAGCACUAAAGAUACGAGAGGAGCUUCUGAAGAUCCUGCAAGAGCUGCCCAGUGUGAGCCAAGAGACGCUGAAGCACAGCGGCAUUGGCCGGGCUGUGAUGUACCUGUACAAACACCCCAAGGAGUCCAGGCCGAACAAGGACAUGGCCGGGAAGCUGAUCAAUGAAUGGUCUCGACCCAUCUUUGGCCUCACCUCAAACUACAAAGGUAUGACCAGAGAAGAGAGGGAACAGAGAGAUUUGGAACAGAUGCCUCAUCGAAGGAAAAUGAGCAGCUCUGGUGGUCAGACUCCCCGCAGGGACCUGGAGAAAGUGUUAACAGGAGAAGAAAAGGCCCUCAGGCCCGGGGACCCUGGGUUCUGUGCCCGUGCGAGGGUGCCAAUGCCCUCCAACAAAGACUAUGUCGUCAGGCCCAAGUGGAAUGUGGAGAUGGAGUCCUCCAGGUUCCAGGGAACCUCUAAGAAAGGGGUGAGUCGACUGGACAAACAGAUGCGGAAAUUCACAGAUAUCAGGAAAAAAAGCAGAUCGGCCCAUGCAGUGAAAAUCAGCAUUGAGGGCAAUAAGAUGCCAUUGUGACCCUUCACAGAAUGCCCCAUGAGCUCUGCUGUGAGACAAUACACCCACAGACUCUUUGGAGACCUUUAAAUUUUUUAACUUUUUUGGGGUGGGUUUGGUUUUUUUAGUUUGUUUUUUAAGUGAAUCCUUAAAUUGUUGGUUCAGGUUCUGCUAGAAGAUGUUGUCUGAGGACUGUGAAUAUGGGGACUCCUUUCUCCUGAUUGUAUUUAAACUGGCCCUGUUGUGUCCUUUGUACAGAUCAUGUAUUUGUUGUAUUGCAACACUUUAAAAAAUAAAACAUCUUGUGGGUUUUUUUUGGGAGGGGAUUGCCUGUUCAUUGUUCAGGUGAAGGUAUGCACAGACCACCUGGGAUGUGGAAGAACUGAGGGCUUAAUUUGUUGUUCAACUUGGUCCAUUUUCUCUUUAUUCAUUGCUUUAUUAAUCAGUUGUUAUGUCUUUGGAGAUCUGCAUCUAAGGAGAACCUUCUUGUGUUAGGGGGGAUAAUGCUGUUUUUGUUCCUGCUGCUAUAGAUUGACAACAGAAUAACAUCUGGUACUCUGUGGUUUCUUUGCCUCUGGAAAUGGCUGAGUUACUACUGGCACCAGCCAUAGAGAUUGCAAGUGUCUGUAGGGGUCACGUCUUAAAUUUGCCUGUGGGAGUGUGGCGUGAAUGACAGUAACAGAGCUUUUUGCUGGGACAGCAGCAUGAAGCAAGACCUGAAGGAGGGCCCCUGUGCUGGCUGGGGCACUAAAGAGCUCUGUUCCUGCUUUCUCCAG